AUGUGCUAUAAAACGGUAGAUUUGGGAGCAAAAGAUGUUGCUCAUGCGUUCAAAUCUGGGCCCAUCAAUACAAUGGACCAACUUUUGGACUUGGAAACGCUCAAGAAGCUGACACCUGAGCAACAACAACAAGUGAUUGCUGGAGUGAAACAGCAGGCCGCUAUUGCUAAUGCACAAAAUCUCAUCACGGAUCUCUCAGAGAAGUGUACACAAAAAUGCAUCUCACAUCCGGGUACUUCGCUUUCAAAUUCCGAUAAGCAAUGUCUGCAACGAUGUAUGGAUCGUUUUAUGGACUCUUGGAACUUGGUAUCUCAGACGCUGCAAAAGCGUCUACAAGAGGAACUGGCUUCAUCUGGCGCAUUCCAGUCCGGUCCAACUUUUUCUUAAACUGCCUUUUGUUGUUUUUUUUUUGUUAGUAUUUUAUAGUUUAGUUGUUAUUUUCGAGAACAUUUU